AUUUGUUCCCAUCACCGCACUUCAAACGCCCCCAAAAAACCAUGAAACUAACCCUGCACCACUACCGAAUAAUUACAAUCACCGUGAACAUCCUCCUAAUGGUAAAUUCGCCCAGUUCAACCACCCCCCAAAAGCACCCUUUUCCAGAUUCUCGGCUUCGUCCUCAUGGUGUUCGGCAUCAGCUGGAUGCAAGAAGUCGUAGAAUCGCGUCUCCUGGCGGCGUCCAUCACCGCCAACGGCUCCCUCACCGCCUUCCUCGGUGCCUUCCUGAUAAUCAGUGCCGCUUUCGGCCUCUCCACCAUCAUCCGCAAGCACAUAGCCCUCGUCGCCGUGGUAAGUCACUCCUCAACGAAACCCAAACUUCACCAUCUGCACUCCAGCACGGAGUCGUGCUCUUCAGCGGUUGCAUAACCCACGUAAGUAUUGCCCUGUACAGCUUCAUCGAUCUGUCCAGAAUAAAAACGACUUCGUCGAAAAUAUACACCCGGAGGAUCUUGAAGGCCCAUCAGGACGCAUUCAUUCGCAACAAAACGUUGCAGAGGAAUAUGUUGGAUAAUCUCCAUCAGAUAUUGCAAUGUUGCGGCGCCAACAGCUACGCAGACUAUUCUAAGAGGUAUAAUAUGGAGUUGUUGCCCAGGAGUUGCUGCAAGAACUAUGAAGAUCCGUGUAAACAUCCGUUCACGCAAGGGUGCACCAAUGCGGUAAUUGAACGCACGAGGGAGAUUUUGUGGGUGGCGGGGAUUUUGUCGAUUGUUGCCGCUAUCGUCGCGUGCAUUGGUGCCUUCUUUGUAUCUGUAAAGACCAUGAAGAUGUGGCAUAUCCAAGAGGACGAAGACUCUGACGACGACUUUGACGACGACGAUCUGUAACGCUAAAC